UUUGGAUUUCGUUGGCACUAGACACUAGGCAUAAGGAGAAGAAUCCCAGUGGUCACGGAAUAGCGCUGUCACCACUCAACGUUUAACACGUGGCAGACUGUCCAAAUUUACACGCAUUUAAGGCGGGACUACGGUGCUCCCGGCGCAUUCAAUCCUUUCUCGCCAUCGCUUUAAACUCCUUGUUCGUCGGGCCACACUGAGUGCCUCAGUCCUUCAGCCCGAAAAAUUCGCACUUCCGGUCUCCUCGACGCUGCAAUUCGUGUCCGUACGCUUUCCGGGCUACUCUCCGAUGGCUCCUCCAGGAAGGGGAAGAAAUGAGGCUAAUGAUGAAGAGCCCCAAAAUCAUCCUCAGGAUAUUCUUAAUGUGACACCCCUCAAUAGCAUGCCAUACGUUGGUCCACCCUUAUCACAUCCUAGUAAUGCUCCAUCACCAGCUGUAGGGGAUACUAGGCCUGCUGAAAGUUCUGGGCCAGCUAUGGUGUUUUUGCCUUCUCAUCCAGAAGAGGAAGAGUGGGAUAAGAUCGUAGCUGCAACCAAAUGGGGAGUAGGGCUCACUGGGAGUGCAGCGAUGGGGAAGGUGGGACCAACUGUGGGAUUGGUGGAUAUCGGUGAAUGUGAGGAUUCUUACAUGUUCCGCGUAUCCCUUCCUGGGGUGGCAAGUGAUGAAAAUGACUUUAGUUUCAACAUUGAACCAGAUGGGAAAGUGGUGAUUAAGGGAGUAACAACAACAGGUGAGAGAAUAGUGUGCAAGCACUCUCAAAUCUUUGAGAUGCAAACACAGAAUAUGUGCCCACCAGGGCACUUUUCUGUCACAUUUCAUCUACCAGGUCCAGUUGACAAGACACAACUAUCUGCUUCUUUUGGAAUUGAUGGGGUUCUUCAAGGAGUUGUGAAGAAGAGGAAAUAAGUUAUAAGCCUACAACUUGGUCUGCAUUUGCCAAAUUACAGCAAGGACAAUGCAUACAUAAAAUAAUGAGUGGCUUGAUUCAAGCUGAAGUCACUACAAGGAUAAGACCUGUAGACUGUAGUGCGGCACUACAUGCUUGGCUUUGAGUUAGCAAAUGUUAUGACCACAGAAAUAAAAGAAAUAUAUUUGUGCGGCCAAUCCCAAGUUGUUGGGAUUUAAGACCUUGGUGUGUUUGUGUUGAUUUUAAUAAUUUCAAGAUGAAAACUAUUACCAUUUUGAUCUACAAGUCUUAUUGUUGUUGUUUCAGUUCCAUUGUGCUUUUGGAAUAGAUAUGUUGUUCUCUUCUUGAGGUUUAAAUGAAUGACGUUGUGAAA